GCAAGUGAAAUUGUGUCCAUUUACCGAGAACUAGCAAGCUACCCAACGGCAUCACGGGGUGAGAUAUUCCCAAGUCAGGAUGGUAAAACGCUUCAGGUGCAGUCAGUCUGGUCUCAACGGAAUAUAGAGCGCAAAGAGAAAACAAAUUUAAAUCGCUGGCAUACCAUUGCUGUUCCAACUGGAGAUGUAAUUUCUGCAACACCGCCACAGGAAGUUAAAAAUGAAUCCUGGAAUAAGUUGUCACCCUCAGGAAAGCUGCGAGCGGUUGUACGUACCCUGAAAGACAAGAAGAAUGAGGAUAAGCAGUACUUGGAGAUAUUUGAUGCUACCAGGAGAUUGAAGACCAUUGAUGUGUUAGCACUGGAGAAGCAUGGAAAGAUCAUCGAUAAUGAUGGUCAGUUUGGCUCCUUCGAAUGGUCAUCAUCUGAAGGGCACAUCCUGUACAUGGCCGAGAAGAAGAAGCCCAACACUGGAGGUUUCUUUGAUGCUAAAGCUUUCAAAGAUAUCGGUGCUGGUGGUGAUGAGGAGGUUGCCAGUGGAAAGAAUGAUGAUGUCAAGAGGGCAAUUUGGACCCCUGAUGAUGCUGGUGUGAUUGUAUGUGCCUGGAACCACGAACCAUACAGGCUGGGUCUCAGAUUCUGCUUUCAGAGAAAGAGUUAUUUGUACUUUCUGGACAUUGAGAAGAAUUCUUACGAAAUAUUAAGUGAGGAAGGUCGAGCUGUCCGGUUUCCACGGUUCAGUCCAGACCUCAGCAAGCUAGUUUACCUGGACAUACCAGUUGGAGGUGCACACAACCAAUGUUCCAGGCUAGUCCGG